ACAUAAUAUUAACAACGGCGACGUUUAACCUCGAAAAAGGAAUCGAACCAAAGGGUGUAGGAUUGAAAAUUUACCGUGUACUAACCAGUAGCUGUUCGAUCCUCGUCACCGUUCAGCAGUGAGAUUUUGGUGCUCCCGUUUUCCGCGGAGGCCUCGAUUUGUGCGCCCAGUGUCAUCUUUCUUUGACGAUUCUUCCCGAAUUUUUACGCGACUAUCAACUCACCCGGCACUGGCACGUUCUGUUCCGAUCCUCGCAGUAACACGCACACACACUUUUCGGAAAGUCGCUCCGAACUGAAACGACGUUCGUCUCUUUUCGCGAGGCAGCACACCACGGCACACUAACACCGGAACACACUACCGAGCCGCUUUUCUCUACUGCACGUGCAUUUCGAACGAAGUACAAAGUCUAGUGUGCACGAUUGGUCUCUCGACUAUAUCGCUUAUCAAAUCGACUUCGCUGAUUGGACUUCUCUGUCACGUGAUCCACCCCUAAUUUCCUUAACCUCCAUUCUUAUUCGCUGUUGCCGGUGUAACCGCACCGCGUGCUCUACAUUCUGAACUUGAAUCUUAUCGAACUGUUCCGUUGAUUGGCAGCAGUUGUUCAAAAUGGUGGCACAUACGGAACUAGAACGGAACGUUAUUAAAGUCACUAGAUAACGAACUUCUAACCUUAUGUGCUAUUCAUUUAAAUAGUUUCAGAGUCAGGUUAGAGCUUCUAAGAAUGUCGGCAGAAGAACAAUCAGACUUACGCUUAGGACCCGAUCCUAAUGUCACUUAUCCGAUUCAAGUACAAUAUUGUGGCAACUGUUCCCUUCCCAUCGAGUACUGUGAAUAUUAUCCAGAAUAUGAAAAGUGCAAGCAAUGGCUGGAAAGAAACUUGCCGACAGAAUUUGAGAAAGUAAAGCUAGUCGAAGACAAUACUACCGAAGCGGGUGGAGGUGAAGAUGAAAAGAAACGACAGAAACGCGGAGGCAAAGGCAUGCUCAAGACUAAAAAGAAAGAAGACGUUCCUAAAUUAGUGACCGUAUCGAGAGCACCUAGAGGAAAGAAGAAAUCUGUCACCGUUGUGACUGGACUUAGUACUUUUGACAUCGAUCUGAAGGUGGCUGCGAAGUUUUUUGGUAGUAAAUUUGCAUGCGGAUCCAGUGUAACAGGAGACGACGAAAUAGUUAUACAGGGAGACGUGAAAAAUGGUCUGUUCGAUGUGAUUACAGAAAAGUGGCCGCAAAUCGAUGAAGAUUCUAUCGAUGACCUUGGCGAUCAAAAAAGAUAAUAGGUCAAUAAAAACACUUACAUGCACAAUUGUAUUUAAUAUCAUACUAUUUCCAUGUUUAUUAUGAAUAAAAUGUACAUAACAUAUAUAAAAUA